AUGGAUAGAUUUAUUAAUCGGAAAAGAAAAUAUGACAAUGAUGAGAAUACGGAAAUCAGUGACACUACAUUACCAUCAACUUCUGAGACGUUAAAACAGAGUGGAGGUAAGUGUCGGUAUUACAAUGAAUCAUAUAUGGAUAUAGGUUUUACAUGGUGUGGUCCAAAAGAUGAACCUAUUCCCGAGUGUAUUGUAUGUGGGAUAAUGUUGACCAACGAAUCGAUGGUGCCCAGCAAAUUGAAACGCCAUUUUAUUAAACAACAUUCUCACUUGAAGAAUAAAGACGUUCAUUAUUUCAGAAAACUUCUCAGUGAUCAAAAAAAAGAAGCAACCAAAUUUACAAAAAAGAUCAAAGUGUCCGAGAGGGCUCUCGAAGCAAGUUUUGUUGUUUCACAAAUGAUCGCCAACAACAUGAAAGGGCAUACUAUUGGAGAAAAACUAAUUAAACCUGCUUGUAAGGAAAUGGUGCGAAUAAUGAUUGGAAAUGAAGCGGCUCUUGAAAUCGAUAAGAUACCUAUGUCAAAUGAUACUGUUUCUCGUCGCAUCUGUUGUAUGUCGACAGAUAUUAAAGAGCUCGUUAUAGAAAAGAUAAAAAAACUCUCGGUUCACGCUUCAAGUCGAUGA